AUGGGGAAGUUUCCUCUAGCCAAUGUGUUGAUCCUUCUCUUGAACUUGGGUACUUUGCUCAAUGUUCUUGCUUGUCCUUAUUGUCCAUACCCAUCUCCUUCUAAGCCUCCAAAACACCAUCCAAUAGUGAAGCCACCAAUUCACAAAUCACCAAAGCAGCAUCCUAUAGUGAAACCACCGGUUCACAAACCACCAAAGUACCCUCCAUAUCAUGGUGAGCCACCCUGUCCACCACCCAAAUCAUCACCAAAACCACCUUAUGUUCCCAAGCCUCCAGUGGUUAAACCCCCUUUGCAUCCACCUUAUGUUCCAAAACCUCCAAUUGUUAAACCACCAAUAGUGCAUCCACCUUAUGUUCCAAAACCUCCAAUUGUUAAACCACCAAUAGUGCAUCCACCUUAUGCUCCAAAACCUCCUCAUUAUCCCAAGCCCCCCAUUGUUAAACCACCAAUAGUGCAUCCACCUUAUGUUCCAAAACCUCCUCAUUAUCCCAAGCCCCCCAUUGUUAAACCACCAAUAGUGUAUCCACCUUAUGUGCCAAAACCACCUCCAUAUGUGCCUAAACCACCAGUUGUGAAACCUCCCUAUGUGCCUAAACCACCAGUGGUAACACCACCUUAUGUGCCUAAACCACCGGUGGUAACACCACCUUACGUGCCAAAACCACCUGUGGUAACACCACCUUACGUACCAAAGCCACCAGUGGUAACACCACCUUACGUGCCAAAACCACCAGUGGUAACACCACCUUAUGUGCCUAAACCACCUGUGGUAACACCACCUUAUGUUCCAAAGCCACCAGUGGUUACACCACCUUAUGUCCCAAAACCUCCAAUUGUCAAACCACCCAUUGUUUUUCCUCCUUAUGUCCCUGUACCAUCACCACCCUAUGUGACACCACCUACCCCACCAGUUGUUACACCGCCAGUGGUUACACCACCAUCACCGCCAGUGGUUACACCACCAACACCGCCAGUGGUUACACCACCGACACCACCAGUGGUUACUCCACCAAGUCCUCCUACUGAAACACCAUGUCCUCCACCACCACCAGCACAACCAACAUGCCCCAUUGACACUUUAAAGCUAGGUGCAUGUGUUGAUGUUCUUGGUGGCCUCAUACACAUUGGAAUUGGUAGCAGUGCUACACAAACAUGUUGCCCAGUGCUUCAAGGGCUUCUAGAUUUGGAUGCUGCUGUGUGCCUCUGUACCACCAUUAGAGCCAAGCUUCUUAACAUCAACAUCAUAAUCCCCAUUGCUCUUCAGCUCCUACUUGACUGUGGCAAGACUCCACCAGAAGGAUUUAAGUGUUCAUGAGCAAAUUAAUAU